AGCGGGGGCGGUGCCCACCGACGGCGCAGCCCUCGGACCCGCCCGGGACCAGGAGGUGCGCCGUGCGCUCGCAGCUCCGUGCGCCCGCCCGUCCGAGCGCCCGCCAGGUGCCCCGCAGUCCGCCGCCGAGAUGCACAGCCUGCCGGGGCUCCUGGCGCUGUGGCUUUGCGCCGCUCUGUGCGCGUCGGUGCGCGCGGGCAGCGACCCCCAGCCUGGCGCAGGGCGUCCCUCCUGCCCGGCUCCCUGCCACUGCCAGGAGGACCGCAUCAUGCUGUCUGCUGACUGCUCCGAGCUCGGGCUCUCAGUGGUGCCAGCGGACCUGGACCCCCUGACGGCUUACCUAGACCUCAGUAUGAACAACCUCACAGAGCUUCAGCCGGGUGUCUUCCACCGCCUGCGCUUCCUGGAGGAGCUGCGGCUCUCCGGGAACCACCUUUCACACAUCCCUGGACAGGCAUUCUCUGGCCUCCACAGCCUCAAAAUUCUGAUGCUGCAGAGCAACCAGCUCCGAGGGAUCCCAGCAGAGGCACUGUGGGAGCUGCCCAGCCUGCAGUCACUGCGCCUAGAUGCUAACCUCAUCUCCCUGGUCCCUGAGAGAAGCUUUGAGGGGCUCUCCUCCCUCCGCCACCUCUGGCUGGAUGACAAUGCACUCACAGAGAUCCCUGUCAGAGCUCUCAACAACCUCCCUGCCCUACAGGCCAUGACCUUGGCUCUCAACCGAAUCCACCACAUCCCUGACUACGCCUUCCAGAACCUCUCCAGUCUUGUGGUGCUGCAUCUGCAUAACAACCGCAUCCAGCAUGUGGGGACCCACAGCUUCGAGGGGCUACACAAUCUGGAGACACUAGACCUGAACUAUAAUGAGCUGCAGGAGUUCCCCGUGGCUAUCCGGACCCUGGGCAGGCUGCAGGAAUUGGGUUUCCACAACAACAACAUCAAGGCUAUCCCAGAGAAAGCCUUCAUGGGCAAUCCUCUCCUGCAGACAAUACAUUUUUAUGACAACCCAAUCCAGUUUGUGGGAAGGUCGGCAUUCCAGUACCUGUCUAAACUGCAUACACUAUCCUUGAAUGGUGCCACUGAUAUCCGGGAGUUCCCAGACCUCAAAGGCACCACUAGCCUGGAGAUCCUGACCUUGACCCGCGCAGGCAUCAGACUGCUCCCACCAGGAAUGUGCCAGCAGCUGCCUAGGCUCCGAAUCCUGGAGCUGUCUCAUAAUCAGAUUGAGGAGCUUCCCAGCCUGCACAGAUGUCAGAAGUUGGAGGAAAUUGGCCUCCGGCAUAACCGGAUCUGGGAAAUUGGUGCGGAUACCUUCAGCCAGCUGAGCUCCUUGCAAGCUCUAGACUUGAGUUGGAAUGCCAUCCGUGCCAUCCACCCCGAGGCUUUCUCAACGCUUCGAUCCUUGGUUAAGCUGGACCUGACUGACAACCAGCUGACCACACUGCCCCUGGCUGGGCUGGGAGGCCUGAUGCACCUGAAGCUCAAAGGGAACUUGGCCCUGUCUCAGGCCUUCUCCAAGGACAGCUUCCCAAAACUGAGGAUCCUGGAGGUGCCCUAUGCUUACCAGUGCUGUGCCUAUGGCAUCUGUGCCAACUUCUUCAAGACCUCUGGGCAGUGGCAGGCCGAAGACUUUCAUCCAGAGGAAGAGGAGGCACCAAAGAGGCCUCUGGGUAUCCUUGCUGGACAAGCUGAGAACCACUAUGACCUAGAUCUGGAUGAGCUCCAGAUGGAGACAGAGGACUCAAAGCCACACCCCAGUGUCCAGUGCAGCCCUGUUCCAGGCCCCUUCAAGCCCUGCGAGCACCUCUUUGAGAGCUGGGGCAUCCGCCUUGCUGUGUGGGCCAUCGUGCUGCUCUCGGUACUCUGUAAUGGGCUGGUGCUGCUGACAGUCUUUGCCAGCGGGUCCAGCCCGCUGUCCCCGGUCAAGCUUGUGGUGGGUGCGAUCGCAGGCGCCAAUGCCCUGACGGGCAUUUCCUGCGGUCUCCUGGCCUCGGUGGACGCCUUGACCUUCGGCCAGUUCGCUGAGUAUGGUGCCCGCUGGGAGAGCGGGCUGGGCUGCCAGGCUACGGGCUUCCUGGCCGUCUUGGGCUCGGAGGCGUCGGUGCUGCUGCUCACACUGGCGGCUGUGCAGUGCAGCAUCUCUGUGACCUGCGUCCGUGCCUACGGGAAGGCGCCGUCGCCGGGCAGCGUCCGCGCAGGCGCACUGGGAUGCCUGGCGCUGGCCGGGCUGGCCGCCGCGCUGCCGCUGGCCUCGGUGGGGGAAUACGGCGCCUCCCCUCUCUGCCUGCCCUACGCCCCGCCCGAGGGCCGCCCGGCCGCCCUGGGCUUCGCCGUAGCCCUGGUGAUGAUGAACUCGCUCUGCUUCCUGGUGGUGGCCGGCGCCUACAUCAAGCUCUACUGUGACCUGCCUCGCGGUGACUUUGAGGCCGUGUGGGACUGCGCCAUGGUGCGGCACGUGGCCUGGCUCAUCUUUGCAGAUGGCCUCCUCUACUGCCCCGUGGCCUUCCUCAGCUUUGCCUCCAUGUUGGGCCUCUUCCCUGUCACCCCCGAGGCUGUCAAGUCGGUCCUUCUGGUGGUGCUGCCUCUGCCUGCCUGCCUCAACCCACUGCUCUACCUGCUCUUCAACCCUCACUUCCGGGAUGACCUUCGGAGGCUCUGGCCAAGCCCUCAGUCCCCAGGGCCCCUAGCCUACGCUGCAGCCGGUGAGCUCGAGAAGAGCUCCUGCGACUCCACCCAAGCGCUGGUGGCUUUCUCUGAUGUGGAUCUUAUUCUGGAAGCUUCUGAGGCUGGGCAACCUCCUGGGUUAGAGACCUAUGGCUUCCCUUCAGUGACCCUCAUCUCCCGUCACCAGCCAGGGGCCACCAGGCUGGAGGGAAACCAUUUUGUAGAGCCUGAUGGAACCAAGUUUGGGAACCCACAACCUGCCAUGAAUGGGGAACUGCUGCUGAGGGCAGAGGGAGCCACAUUGGCAGGCCGUGGCUCUUCCCGAGUGGAGCCCUCUGGCCCUCUGGCUCUCUCUUUGCCUCUCACUUGUAAAUAUCCCUCCCUGUUUGUCCUCCCCCCCUGCCCCAUGAUGGCUGCUUAUAAAAGGAAGACAACUACAACUCCAGGGCAGGAUGGCCAACGCCCCCGGCUCCACUGUUUUCUCUCCAUGGCCAUAACCAAUGUGUGCUUCCAGGUCUUGCUUUGACUUGGCCUUCAGCUUCACUUUCACCCUGGGCCUUCCCUGUCCAGUCCAAAUUUGUAUGACAGAGACCUUGGAAAUUUAUUUAGGAGAAAGGGGGAAAGCAAAAGACAGUGAAAGGGAUCGGGAGCUGACAGAGCCACGAUCAGUGAGUGCACAGUGAGCAGGAAGGCCUCACAGAGAAAGGCACUGGAAGACAACUACCAAAGACAUUGGAGCAUCUCCCCUAUGACGUGUGGAUAGGAUAUAAAAUGUGUUCUGUGUCCCAUUAAUCUUGACCUAUGCUGUGCCAAAGUGCUUCCUGUUAAAAUAUGCUUUGGAAGACAUUGCAUAUUACGUUCCAUUCUUAGAGUCAUGGGGUCAUGUUAGUGUCUAAAAGGUCCUGAAAAUUAGGACCUUUUGGCUUAAUUACUACAGCAGUUAAACUUAAUUAUUUGAUGAUAGGUUUCUGUUUGCUUUUCAUGGAACACUUACAAAUCUCUCACAGAACUUAGCAUGGUUUUCUCCAGGGGACUCAUCUUCACACCAUGGAGUGCUACCCUAUGAUAUCACAAGUUGCCACCCUCUUUCAAAGCCCCUAUGAAGCUAACCAGGGAUGAAGUGCCGAGGUGGCUGGUGAUCUCUCAUCCAGGACAGAUUUUGCAUUCUGCUCCCCUCCCCAUCCCUCUUAUCCUACUGGGGCAGACACUGGAGGAGCCUGCCUCAGCCCCAAGGUGGGGCAGGGAGAAAGAGAACCUUGUGUGUGCUCCUGCCCAGCACCAACCCCAAGCAGUAAUGAAAUUUCUGCCCUCUGCAAGACAGGAUUCUCGGGUCCUGGCAAGAUACACAUUGUGAAGUCUGUAGCUCUAUGGGCUUCCCCGAACUCUAUGUUACCUUCAUAUGGUUUUACAAUGUAUGCAUCCCACCACGGUCCGGACCUCUCUUCUCAUCCCAAUCCUGUUUCUGGGAGAGACGGAAAACCCAAGAGAAGGGAUACUUGUAUUGUGGGUAUUGCAUUUUAGGGAGUGCUGUGGCUAUCUGGGACUCCUGGGUGCUCCCAACAGGCCUUUGAUCCUUCUGACUCUCCCCUCUUGAUUUUCCAUACCCUAUGCUUCCCCAAGUGCAGUUGAGGGACUACGAAGUGCCUCCGGUCCACUCCAAACACAGGAAUUCAAUCUCAGGGAGGAGAAGUAAGAAGUGAGGAGAAGCCAAGAUUCAGCAAUAGAUGAUGGUUGUUCCUGGGACCGCCCCCACAACACCAUUUACACAGAAAGGACUGAAUUUGGAUCCUGAAGCCCAGUAGAGCACCAUUCUCUGCCUGAGUCCUGUUGUGAUCCCUAGCCAAGUCCUCUUUCCAAAACCUCCACCUUUAAAACAAGCUGAGAAGGUCCUUCUCUAAGUUUAAUAGUUAACUUUCCAUAGCUUAGCUUCUCUGAUGUCUCCCAAGCGCCCAGUGAAAAUUCUUCCAUAGGACAACAAAUGGGGUGGAGAGAUGAGUCAGAAGCCAUGCAUGGAGCUCAGAACAUUUCGAAACCACCUGUGAUCCAUUGAGUAGCCCCUAGACUUUAGAAGGCUCAGAAGCAGAAAAAGGGUGAUUUUAUAAUUUCUUAGUGUCUUCUCAUGGGGUCAGUUUCAGAGUGGGCAUUCACUAAAAGAUGGCAAAUUUAUUUGUCAAUUGUUUCUAGGUAUCUGAUCUCCUUAUUUCCCCAGGGCUGUGAGAGCCCUUGGUGGGAAGUCCCCCUACCCUGAGAAUUGGUGGGUUUUUGUCUUAGUUAGGGUUGUACUGCUGUGAACAGACACCAUGACCAAGGCAACUCUUAUAAAAACAUUUAAUUGGGGCUGGCUUACAGGUUCAGAGGUUCAGUUCAUUAUCAUCAAGGCGAGAACAUGGCAGAAUCCCGGCAGGCAUGAUGUAGGAGGAGCUGAGAGUUCUACAUCUUCAUCUGAAGGCUGCUAGCAGAAUACACACUUCUAGGCAGUUAGAACUAGUGUAUUAAAGUCCACAUCCACAGUGACACACCUAGUCAACAAGGCCACACCUCUUAAUAGUGCCAUUCCCUGGUCCAUGUAUAUACAAACCAUCACAAUGGCAAAAUUGGCAUUCUUUUGGGGAGCCUUGACUUCUAGCAAGUUACCUAGAUUUUUACCCUGCUCUCUCUGCUUACACCACUAUGGGAUCAUGGUUCCCUUUGCAGUUAAGGAACCAGCCCUGAAGUAGAGUGGAGUGGCCAUGUGCUGGUUGUCUAAGAAUAUAGGCAUUGAUCCUUAAAGAGGUCUGUAUGGAAGUGAGCCAGCCCCUUUGGGCUGCAAGCUUUAGCAUGGCACAGUUGUCACUUUACUGUCUGCUUCUAAAUCUGGGUAUCGGCCAAAGUUCAACUUUCUAAUUAAAGAAGAGGCAAGGGAAAAGAGAGUUGGAGUGUCUUCCAUAAACUUUUAUUUAAAAUGUCUAGCCAGGAGUGGUGGUGCAUAGCCCAGCAUGUAGAAUAUGGAGGCAGGAAGAUCGAGUGUUAGGGUCAUCCUCAGCUACAUAAUGAGUUUGAGGCUAGCCUAGGCUACAUGAGACUCUGUCUCAAAAAACAAAAGCAAUCAAACAAAACCCCAAAAUUCUAGUUCAUAUACAUUUACCCCAAAUGAGAUUGAGUAGUGAAGUUUCUUUGUGUUUUAUUUUGGGCCAAAUUCCUAGCAAGCCAGAAUGCUAUUCCUUUUGAUUAUCUCCUCUGUGAUCAGUUGAAGACCACGUGUCUUCUAAGCAAAUUUCCAGGUCUCUGUUCUACAUAUUUGGAUCUGACAAGAAAGACCACAGGUCUUUGACUGGUCACAGGAUGAAAAACUGAACUGUUCAGGGCACUUAAGUCCUUUGUUGUUAUCAUUAACAAAAUCUUCCCAAAUAGUGGCCAUGGAAAAGAAUCCACUCCAGGGGCUGAGAUGGUGGCGGUGGAAAUGUCAAGACUUGGGGUGUACUACCUUGGGCUCUGUGUGCUGUGCCAUUAGCUAGUACCAACCACAAUCUUCUCUUACAGAGGAGAACUCAUGGUGGGCCAUGGCUUGUUAAGCAUCUCAUGAAAAUGAAAAACCAAAAACAAAUGUAGAGCUAAAAUCAGAAGAGUAUGAGUUGUCAGGGCUUCUUACUAGACCCUGCUUUUCCUCUUUACCUCCUCUCCUGCUCCUUUGGGAUCACUUUGCCAGGACGAGUAAAUAAAGGCUUAAAGAGAAGAAAGAAGAGCGUCUCAGGGCGGUAGGCUCUCGGGACAAGGAUGGGAGAGGUAGUAGGAACCCUCAUCUUCCUGGCCCCAGUCCCUCUGACUACCUCUGCUCUGGGUUACCAAAUUCUUUUACCUAUGACCCGCCACCUCCACAUCCCUUCUGGGUUCCAGUCCCAUGCCCCCCCCCCCACCACCCCAGCCAUGUGAACUAUAAAAAUUGUCAAGAUGUAAAUAUCCGGUUCUUCUGUAUAAUAAAGCACCUAUAAAGUA